AUGGAGCAGGCGGCAUUAGUGGCGGAGGCGCAGAAGGCCGCCGAAGAGAAGAGGCGACAAAUUGAAGAAGACUAUCCGGCCUUGUCGCUGCUGUUUCGCCGCAUGCGCAACUCCCUGUACCUGCCCCAGUACCUCGAAGUCGUGUCCGCCAUCCGCGCAGAUCUGGAGUCGAACUCUCGAAGAAAAGCGACCCGGGCAGAGACGCCUCUGGGCAACGCCCCAGACGUCGGCGAGGUGCGCGACGCAACGCAGCUGGAAACGUCUGCGAGUACCUCCUGCGAUGCUCCCUCUGUAAAGAGUGGCGAAGGGGGGGAAGGAGACGGAGCAAGAAUCGAGCCGGCGGGGGCUGGCAAAGAACAGAGAGGACGCCAGCAGCACGCGGGGAAGGGAGGAAACGGCUCGUGCGAAAGCCCCCCUGAAAGAAGGGCGACAGGCGGGCCGGCGGUGACGCCAGACCAGGCUUUCUGGUGGCUGUGCGCCAAUCCGCCUUCGUUUCCAUUCUACGAGGUGUACACGCAGGAGCUCAUCGACGCGCUCGCGGGGUAUCUACACGGUAGGAUUUGCGCGAGGCUGCGGCCGGUGGAAGAGAGCGGCGCACGCGUGCCGCAGGACGCCGCCCCGAGGCCGCCUCUGCGAAGAGGCGGCGGAGGACGUGGAGGAGGAGGACGUGGAGGAGGAGGACAUGGAGGAGGAGGACGUGGAGGAGGAGGACGCGGAGGAGGAGGACGCGGAGAGUCAACUCUCGAGAAAACGGGAACCGCGCGCGGACGAGCCCGCGCGCGGUCUCCGCUUCGCAUUCUCGAAGUCGGCGCGGGCACAGGCCUCCUCGCGCGGCACCUCACGCGUGCCCUCGAUGCGAGGAUUGCAGGCGAUUCGCCGGAAGGCGAAGGCACUGCCCCCCCGUUUGCAGGCGCAGGCGCGGCCUCAGCAAGCGCCGCAGCGACGUUCCCUGCCUCGCACGAUGAAUCCGCUUUGAGCGGCUCAGGGGGCGAGGGGGCGGAGGAUCGAGGCGGAGACUCCCAGGAACAGACGUCUCUCGAGCGCAGAGGAGGGCGAAACCGCUGGUAUUCCUACGUAGCGAGCGAGGCGCGACGCGACCUGGCGUGUCUGUACCCCGCGGUCGCCUAUGGCGACUUUCGCGACAUCCUUCCCGCCUACUGCCCACACAUCUGCAUCUGCUCAUGGAUGCCUUUCAACAUCGACUGGACGGAGACGUUUCGAAGCUUCUCGCGAGCGCGGCAGGCCCGCUCACCGCGCGCCGCCUGGCAGGCUCUCUCCCCCUUGAGGGACGAAGGAGAGGGACGAGACCCGGAAGCAACGGAGCGAACGCAGUCGUGUAGGGAUCGCAGCCGCGCAGACACGCGAAGCCGACCUUCACAGUCGACUGCGACGCACAUUAGCGCGCACACAGAAGCGCCAUCGCGGAGCCCACGAAGCGCUCGUGCGGCAGAACGCCGCGCAGGCGAACCGAGUGUAACAGAGCAGAGAGAGGCCGGCGACGAUACUGGCGUGAGCGAGUACAUUCUCAUUGGUCAUGCAGAGUUCGGCCUCGUCGGCAAGUCGCUCGAAACUUGGGGGGUGCGCGUGCCCGCGACCGUCUGUCUUCCACAGGGCGUGGAGUUCCGCCGCACAGACUCUUGCGCAGAGUCUCGACUUCGCAGCGAAGACAGCAGGGCGCCGAGUUCCCCUAGAUCCAAGCAGCGACGGUGCCAAGACGAAGGAGAGCAGGAGCCCGCGUCCACGAGGGAAGGGACUUCUUCACACGCUCCACGCUCUAGUCCACAGCGUGGCCGCCCCACACCUGCGUCGGGCCGCGGGACGGAGGGCCCUCUUGCGCGGGACGAAGGGCAGCGCCGUGAGGCGCGGCGUGAGCGAAUUGAAGAGAAGAGGCCGGGGCCUCCACGGGGGGAAACGGGGAGCGGAGAGGACGCCCGGCGCGUAGAGGGCCUCAGACUGACGCACGCGUUGGGAGCUGGUGGUGGGCUUGAGGGGGCAGACAGCGAGCCUGAAGAAGGUCUUCCUGAGCUGCUGCCGUUAGCAGAACGGCAGUAUUGGCGCGACGGGUACGCGCGGGUGCGGCUCAAGGGGUGGGACGGCGAAUUCCAAUGCAGCAGAUUUGACGCCGUCGAGAGCCUCGCCAGUGGAGGCGCCAGCUCCUCCAGACUGUCCAUUUUUAGGAAACGAAGGCGGCGGUGA